AUGGCUGACCUUCCCUCACUCGCGGCAAUCCCAUCCCUCCCCCAGGAAAACCAACUCCGGGUGCUUGAUACGCUCUUUGAGCCAUCGCCGGAGCUCCACCAGCUGAUGAUCCCCGUACUGGCCCAGGCGUUUCCUUCAUACUCAGCGCUCAUCGAUGCAGUAGGGGGUCGCAUGUCCACACUGGUGGAUUCUCCGACUGACCGAAACGUGCUUUUUGGCAUUCUCGGCUCGCACCCGCGGCUUGGCCGAGCCCCCGCCAACCCGGAGCAUUUGAGCGAGCUGAGCCAGAAGGAACAGGCCCAAUUGAACACUGGCGCCGAAAAGCAGGCGGAGAAGUUAAGCAUAUUGAAUGCGGAAUACGAGAAAAAGUUCCCCGGGUUGCGAUUUGUCACAUUCGUGAACGGUCGGAGUCGCGAUCUGAUCAUGGUGGAAAUGCGCCAACGCAUCGAACGCGGUAAUGAGGCGCGUGAGAUUGAAGAGACCAUUCAGGUAAUGUUCGGUGUGUUCCAGAUUAGUUCGUAA